AUGUCAACUUGUCCUUUUGUGUUUUUAUUUACAGAAGAUGGAAAUUGUCAUAAAUGCAGUGGCAGCUAUGGACUCCUGCCGCCGUACUUAUCUGAGCUGAGGCUGGUUCUUCUGGGGAACAGCAGGACGCUGAAGAACUCAGUGGGAAACCUCCUUUUGGGAAACAAGGAGUAUGAUCUGUCCACUCAACAUGAUAAAUGUGUAAAAUUCAGUGGAACAUUCCAGGACAAACCAUUGACUGUGAUCCACACUCCAGACCAGCUGCUCUCCACCACCUCACAACAACAACUCCAACAGAUUAUACGAGACAUCAAAGAUCUGAGCGCCCCUGGUCCUCAUGUGUCCCUGCUGGUUCUACAGCCUGAAGACUUCACUGAGCAGCACAAAAGCAGACUACAGUCAGUCCUGGAGAGCCUCAGUGAGCAGGUCUUCCAACAUUCACUGGUGCUGAUGUCCAGGCCACAAGCAGAGACACCAGGGUCCAUGGAGAAAUACAUGAGGCAGACACAUAUAAGGGACAUGAUCAUCAGAUGUAGAUACAGAUGUAUGUGGAUGCAUCACUCUGAUCUAUAUCAGCAUGAUCUGAAACAAUUUAAACGUAAAGAGCUGUUCUCAAGAAUCUGUGACAUGUUGAAGGAGAACAGUGGAGAUCAUCUGAGUCCUGACGCUUUUGAAGAAGAAGACUCAGGUCUGACUUUGGCCUUUGGUACAAAAGAGAAACCCUCUCUGAACCUGGUUCUUUUUGGGAGGAGUGGAGCAGGGAAGGCGUCAGCAGCUGAGUCCAUUUUAGGGCGAGCAGAGCUCCCUGCAGCGAGCAGCCCAGGGCAGUGUGUUAAACAUGAGGGAGGGUGUGGGCGUCGGGUGUCUCUGGUGGAGCUGCCAGCUCUGUCUGGAAAACCUCUGGAGGCAGUGAUGCAGCAGUGCCUCCGCUGCAUCUCCCUCUGUGCUCCUGAGGGCGUCCACGCCUUCAUCCUGGUUCUACUGCAGGGUCCCCUCACCGACGAAGAUAAGGCCGAGCUAAAGACCAUCCAGGACACACUCAGCUCACGAGUCCUUCUCUUCACUAUGAUUCUGGUCACUGUGGACUCAGAUGAAAUCAGAGGAUAUGAGCAACACUCUUUUGAUGGAGAAGAUUUUAUUUCAUUGGAUUUUGACCCUGAAACUUUUGUCGCUCCAAAACAACAGGCUUUUAUCACCAAACUGAUAUGGGAGAGGGAUGGAGAGGCUGUCAGAGUGAAACACUACAUCAUUCAUGAAUGUGCUGAGUAUCUGAAGAAAUAUGUGCGCCACGGAGAGAGCGCUCUGAACAGGAUAGAGCUUCCCCUGGUGUCCCUGCUGCAGAAGUCCUCCUCAGCCCCAGUCACGUGUCACGCCACAGGCUUCUACCCCGACAGAGCCAUGCUGUUCUGGACCAAAGACGGAGAUGAGCUGCUGGAGGACGUGGACUUGGAGAGAUCCUGCCCAACAGAGAUGGACCUUCCAGACUAG